CUCACAAGUCACAACCGGCUGAUAGCAGCAGAGCGAUCAAAAGUGAAGCUAACAAGCGAGAAAAGGAAACACCUACUUCUCUCGUCUAGCCACUUCCAUCCGUCUCUAGAUUCUAGUCGCCCUUCAACACUAGCUAGCCUGAAAUCAAGUGCAGGCUCGCCAGCUGUGGCCACUGAGAAGUGACGGAAGGAAGACAAGCAGCUCGCCGGCCGGCCGGGCGCCCCGUGUGCCCCCGUUCUACGAGGGUUGAAGUGAAGCUUCGUAGUACGUAGUACUCCAUAUAGCAGCUGAGCUCCCACUUCGGAGCUCCAUCCAUCGUUAGCUCCCGCUGCUGCUAGCUGGUUCGAGGCCUCCUCAAGCAGCUUCUUCGUUUCUGCUGUCUGCAAUGGAGGAGCAGCUCAGCCCGCUGGCCGUGACGCACCUGCUCCAGCACACGCUGCGCAGCCUCUGCGGCCACGACGACGCGCAGUGGGUGUACGCCGUCUUCUGGCGGAUCCUCCCCAGAAACUACCCGCCCCCAAAAUGGGAUCUCCAGGGCGGCAUAUACGACCGGACAAGAGGGAACAGGAGGAACUGGAUCCUGGCAUGGGAGGAUGGAUUCUGCAACUUCGCAGCCUCUGCCUGUGACCACGAGGGCGCAGCUGCUCCUGCCGCCGCCGCCGCCUCCUCCUCCUACACGGCGGAGUGUGCUGCUGCCGGGCAGGAGGCCGCCAAGGGCCUGCAGCCUGAGCUCUUCUUCAAGAUGUCCCACGACAUCUACAACUACGGUGAAGGGUUGAUAGGGAAAGUGGCAGCCGACCACAGCCACAAGUGGGUGUUCCAGGAGGCCCAGGAGCACGAGAUCAACCUCAUCUCCUCCUGGAGCAACCCUGCCGACUCUCAUCCGAGGACAUGGGAGGCUCAGUUCAAGUCUGGCAUCAAGACCAUCGCUCUGAUCGCCGUCAGAGAAGGCGUCGUGCAGCUUGGCUCCAUGAAGAAGGUGGCGGAGGACCUGAGCUACGUGGUGAUGCUGCGCCGGAAGUUCGGCUACCUGGAGAGCAUCCCGGGGGUGCUGCUGCCGCACCCGUCGUCGGCCGCGUUCCCGGCGGGCGCCAUCGCUGGCCCCGCCGCCGCAGACGCGGCCUGCAGCUGGCCGCCUGGACUCGUCAUGCCGCCGCCGGUGGAGCUCUACGACCCCUACGCCCAGUCAGCGGCCGCGGCGGCGCAGAUGCACAUCGUACCGUCGAUGAGCAGCCUGGAGGCGCUGCUGUCGAAGCUGCCGUCGGUCGACCCUGCGGCGGCCGCGAUGGCCAGCAAAGAGGAGAUGGACGCCGUGGAGCACGGCGAGCGCCACGGCAUGGCCGACGUAGUGGCCGCAGGGAGCGGCGGCGAGAGCACCAGCGUUGCUGCCGCCGCCGCAGUAUCUUACUACGUGAACGUGGCCAAGCCCAGCGAGGGAUUCUAGUCCGUCUCCGACUCUCCGUCUCAAGUUGGUGCACGUACGUACGCAUGCGCCUAGCUAGUGGGCGUGGUAGUUGCGACGUCUCUUUCCUGGAGCGCGCCGCGCUGCAGCAUGAUUACUCUACAUGGAACCAAUCAUGUGUCGUGCUCUGUACUACGUGUCCUUGGAGUAGCCGUACCUCGACGUACGUACGUACGUGCGUGUACUGUACCCGAUCAAUUGGUCGUUAGAUAAGGUCGGUCGACAGAGGCACGUACGUAGCUAGCUUGUAGUACAUUCAGUGUGGUCGAUCGGUAUAUAUAUUGAAUGUUGUAUGUAUGCGUUCUGUGAUGCAGUGCUAGCAUCACCUAAUCAAAAGACAUGGCAUGCACUCUA